AUGGAAAAAGCUGUGAUACACUUCAUCAUCCUGAUGUCCAUCUCAGGUUUGACAAAAGGAGCUGGUGUGUUGCCAGACACUCUGAAUGCAGCUGUCGGAGAUAAAGUGAUGUUCACCACAACAUUUCUCCCACUAACACCAUUCCUAACAGUGGAAUGGACAUUUGGUGAUAAGAACAUAAUAUAUUUCAAUGUUAACAACAUAACUGGACCAGGGUACGAAGGCAGGGUCACCCUGUUCAUGUCUACUGGAUCUCUGGAGCUCAGGAAUCUGACUCCUGAGGACAGUGGAGAAUACAGCGUUAACAUUGUUUCAGUUGGAGCUCUACCGAUUGAAGGGAAAACAAGACUGGACGUACAAGCACCAGUCUCUAACAUGGUGGUAACUGUCAGCAACACAGACUUGGUGGAGAACAGCUCUGUCCGUCUGUCCUGCUCCUCCUCUGGAUCCUCUCUCUCUUUCCUCUGGCUGAACGGCAGCUCUGAGGUUACAGCCAGUGACAGAGUUCAGCUUAGUGAUGGAGGCGCCAAUCUCACUAUAGUCAGUGUGACCCGCUAUGACCAGGGACCAUUCAGGUGCCAUGUGUUUAAUCCAAUCAGUAAUGGCUCCAGUGAUCCAGUAAACCUUUUAAUCAGCUACGGCCCAGAAAAUACUCUAUUGAAGCGAUCACCCUCACAAGAAUACUAUGAGGAAGGGUUAGACAUCAUCCUGUCCUGCUCAGCCGUCUCCAGACCUCCUGCCCUGUAUAAGUGGUUUCUAAAUGAAGACCUGCUGUCCGAUACUGGACCAGAGCUCAGACUGACGAACAUUCAGAUGAGUCAGAGUGGGAACUACAGCUGUCAAGCCUUUAACAGCAAAACCCUGAGAAUUCAAACAUCUCAGCCUGCAGCUGUAACUGUAAUGGUACCAGUAUCUAAUGUAAAGGUAAAUGCCAGCACCACGGACAUUUUGGAGUCCAGCAGCAUCUCUGUCACUCUCUACUGCUCCUCCUCUGGUUCCUCUCCGUCUUUCCUCUGGCUGAACGGUAGCUCUGAGGUUAAAACCAGCGACAGAGUUCAGCUCAGUGAUGGAAACUCCACACUCACUAUAGCUAACGUGAGCCGCUACGACCAGGGACCAUUCAGGUGUCAUGUGAUUAAUCAUUUCAGUAACAGCACCAGUGAUCCAGUAAACCUCCUCAUCAUAUUUGGCCCAGAAAAUAUCAAUCUGACAAUAUCUCCGUCACAAGAAUACUAUGACGAAGGUUCAGACGUCACCUUGACCUGCUCAGCUCUCUCAGGCCCUCCAGCCAGGAUUCAGUGGUUUCUGAAUGGAGACCUGCUGUCUGAUACUGAACCAGAGCUAAGACUUAUGAACAUUCAGAUGAGUCAGAGUGGAAACUACAGCUCACAAGUCUCCAACGUUGUAAUAACUCCCAACGCCACAGAUUUGUCAGAGCUCAGCAGCUCUGUCCGUCUGUCCUGCUCCUCUUCUGGAUCAUCCCCCUCUUUCAUCUGGCUGAACGGCAGCUCUAAUGUUACAGCCAGCGAGAGAGUUCAGCUCACCGAUGGAGGCUCCACUCUCUCCAUAAUUAACGUGACCCGCUACGACCAGGGACCAUUCAUUUGUCAUGUGUUCAAUAAUUUUAGUAAUUACACCAGCAAUCCAGUGAAACUCUACAUCAGCUAUGGCCCAGAAAAUAUAAAUUUAACAAUAUCUCCGUCGCAACAAUACUUUGAGGAAGGAGCAAACACCAGCCUGAUGUGCUCAGCAGACUCCAGACCUCCUGCCCUGUUUCAGUGGUUUCUAAAUGGAGACCUGCUGUCUGAUGCUGGACCAGAGCUCAGACUGAUGAACAUUCAGAUGAGUCAGAGUGGGAACUACAGCUGCCAGGCCUUCAACAACAAAACCCUGAGAAAUCAAACAUCUCAUCCUGCAGCUGUAACUGUACAGACACCAGUCUCCAAUGUGGUGGUGACUUCAAACUACACACAAUUAUUUGAGUUCAGCAGCUCCAUCAGUCUCUCCUGCUCCUCCUCUGGAUCCUCUCUCUCUUUCCUCUGGCUGAACGGCAGCUCUGAGGUUAAAGAAAAUGACAGAGUUCAGCUCACUGAUGGAGGCUCCACUCUCACUAUAAUUAAUGUGACCCGCUACGACCAGGGACCGUUCUGGUGCAGCGUGUCGAAUGGUGCCACCAGUGGAAGCAGCCAGCCGGUCUGCUCCAUGUUUUGCAGUGCUCCUGGAGCUCCUCCUUCAGCCCCUCCUUCGCUUCGUUACCUGGCACCUGCUGUUGCCUAUAAAGCCUGGGAGGCUUUAUACGCUCCCUCUCUAGCCAGGGCCAGCAGCACGGUUCCCAUUCACCAGUCUGUGUAA